AUGUCAUCUUUGACUCACCGAGGCCGGCGGCGGGGUGCUGAGGUUGGCAAGAACUCUGAAAAGGAGUUGGAAGGUGAAGAGGACUCCCACCAAGAUAGAUGUCUGGAUGCGGAUGACUCCGGGGAUUCUAAGGAUAUCCGCCUCAACCUUAUGGAAGAGGUGUUGCUCCUGGGCCUGAAGGAUAAGGAGGGUUAUACAUCCUUCUGGAAUGACUGCAUUUCAUCUGGGCUCCGAGGAGGCAUCCUGAUAGAAUUGGCCAUGCGAGGUCGGAUCCAUCUGGAGCCCCCCACCAUACGGAAGAAGAGACUACUAGACCGAAAGGUGCUGCUAAAGUCAGAUAGUCCAACUGGCGAUGUGUUAUUGGAUGAAACCCUCAAGCACAUCAAAGCCACAGAACCAGCAGAAACUGUUCAGACGUGGAUAGAACUACUCACUGGUGAAACAUGGAAUCCCUUCAAGCUGCAGUACCAGCUGAGGAAUGUGCGAGAGCGGAUUGCCAAAAACCUGGUGGAGAAGGGCAUCCUGACCACUGAGAAGCAGAACUUCCUGCUGUUCGACAUGACCACCCACCCUGUGACCAACACCACCGAGAAGCAGCGACUCGUCCGGAAGCUUCAGGAGAGCGUUCUGGAGCGGUGGGUGAACGACCCCCAGCGCAUGGACCGCAGAACCCUGGCGCUCCUGGUGCUGGCCCACUCCUCAGACGUGCUAGAAAGCGUCUUCUCCACGCUGGCAGACGACAGGUACGACAUAGCUAUGAAUCGAGCCAAGGACCUGGUGGAGCUCGACCCCGAGGUGGAAGGAACAAAGCACAGUGCCACGGAGAUGAUCUGGGCUGUGCUGGCGGCCUUCAAUAAAUCCUAGAGCCAGCAGGCGGGUUCUUCCUUUCCCCCUGCUGCUGAUGACCACCGGAGACCACACCACUCUGUUCAUGUGAUGAGGUGUUUGUUUGGGAGCUGGUUGAUUUUCAUCUUUUUUUUUCCUUCUCUUGGACCAAAUUCUUGGUGAGUAAGGGAGCAAUCUCAGGGCAUCGCCAGAGGCCUUGACAUGAUAAAUGAAGACUUGCCACUUUUCCCAACAUAUCUUAUCCAGUGGAAGAGAAGGAGUUCAGCACCCUACUCUCCUUUUGUAGCUUGCCCCUGUGUCUUGGACAACUAUAGCCAGUCAGAUGGGGCUCAAACGCUUCAGCCUCAGAGAGUCAGGCAGAAGUGAAUAGAGCAAGCUCUUCAUUUUUCUAAAACCUUUGUCCCAUCUUAAAUACAUAGCUCACUCAAGUCCUUUGUCUCCUGGACUCUCUCAGCAUUCUGUAGUUUAUUAUAAAGUAGCAUCCUACUCGGGUGAAGGGCAGAAAUCAAAACCAGUUUUUGAAGCAUUUGAGAUGUGGUAUUUGUGUAUCCCUGUUAUGCUGAUGUUUUUCCCAUCUUUCCAUUUUCAUCUUAAAGCAUGUCUAAAACCUGCCAACCUGGUCAAUAAUAUUUAGAGACGAGAGAUAAAUUUUCAGACUCCCUCUUAUUCUAUUUCACUCAUCCCCAGGUCAGAAACCAAUUUAAAAUUUUAUCUCCUAACUACCUCCUCUAUGCCUUGCAGGAUUGGAAAUUGUAAGAGGGAAGAGAUGAACAUUCCUACCCCUUACCACAAGGUUAUUCUGGUUUUCUUCUUCCCCCUGUGCCUGCCAGUGCUUUUUAUGUAUUUAUUUUGGCUUCAACUGACGAAGCUAGAACUGAAAUUGCUUUUGGAACACAGUCUCCUGAGUUCUAAGAAAGUGUGUAGGCAUUGGGUCAUUGAUGGUGAACCUAUGUCAUGUGUGCCAAAGAUGGCACACAGCACUCUCUGUGGGUAUUCCCCCCCCCCCCCAGCUCAUUACUAGACAGGCAGAAGGAGCCUGGCUGAGGACAUUUCUCACAACAUCCACCCCUCUGCCCAGCAGCCCAAUGGGAGUACUUCCUCCCUCCCCUGUCUGGGGUGAGGGUAGGGCAGGGUAUACCCGACAUGCUGUCUCUAAAAGGUUUGCCAUCACUGCUAGGUCUUCAUUGACACUAUGAGGCUUCUUGACCCAGAAGGGGAGAGUCACUAGACUCCAUGUUAUUGUCCGGGUUAUUAUGGCUAAUGAUAACCGGGGUCACUUAAUCUUCAAACCUCAACUGAAUUUCUAACAAAAAAGGUUUUCUGUUUUCAACUCUGUAAAAGAGGCAAGGAGAGCCUAUAGUAAGGGCUUCUCAUAGGGAUUCUAUAGCUGAUGAAAGGAGAUUUGGUAUUAGAAAUACAGCUCCCAGGAACAAAUUUAGCCAAUGUUAGAAAUCCACCCAUCCCCACACACUCAGAUAAGCACUGCCUCCCCACUAAGACUAGACCGUACAGUCUGUGAGUGGCCAGGCCUCCCAGUUGUUCUGGAGCGAACCUCUUCAAGGCUUGUUCUCCUGCUUCUUCCUGCUCCACAACCUGGCUGUGGUGACCACAAAUAUUACCAAAUGAACAUGUCUUAGUUUUCCCUUUAUGGCUUUAAAUGGCUGAAGGCAGAUUGUCUGUAAUAAUAGUGAAACUAGGCAGAACUCCAAAUUUGCUUUUCUUGAGACAGAAGGCCAUGUCCCUGGAAACCCAACCUGGCUUUACUUUUCUUUGUCCUUUGAAUGAUUCAUGUGCAUGAAAACCAGGUUGUUAGAGGUCAAGUUGAGUUUGGUUCUUGUCAGUCAUUAUUUUCACUACUUCUCUCAAAAAGAUGGGAGAGGCCAAGUGUAAGUCUCCGUUGUGUACACUGCCAGUCAGCUUCCCUUUCCCUGCCUAUGGCCAUUGCCUUUGUUCAAUAAAGUUUGUAUUCUUGGCU